AUGAUUGAAGAUACGAUUAAUGAUCAUAUAACGUACCAGACCAAGCCAUUGGACCUGAGGAAUCAGCGUAUCUAUUGUAUCAAGGCCGGCGUGAACACUCUGCUCGACGUUGCGAGACAAACAUACAAGGAGGCGAGCAUAGAUGCUGCAGAGCUAGUAGCACAACUUUCAGAGACUUAUUGCGUUGAUCUUGAUCUAAAAUUCGACAAAGCUCGUCAAUACUAUAUGAGCUUUCAGGCGACAGAUCUGGAUUCACUGCCAGAUACAUUCAUCAAUGUGUACCGCAAAAAGGGCCGCGUUGAGUGUCAGACUCUUGGCCUUAUCAAGCUUAACCACAAGAUCAUAGAUGCGCACAAUGAAGUGGUCAAUAUGAGCGACGAGACCAUCCAGGACCUAAUCAAAGACGUUUGCGCCGGAAUCUCCAAACUAUUUCGUGCAAGCGAGGCAAUUGCCAUGCUCGACAUGCUAGCCGCAUUUGCGCAGCUUGCUUCGUGCAAUGACUACAUCCGCCCAGAACUGACCGACACACUGGCUAUCAAAGAUGGGCGUCACCCGAUUCGUGAAAAGAUCCACGCAAAGAAAUUCAUCCCUAAUGAUGCCUACGCAACACAACAAUCUCGUUUCCAGAUUAUUACUGGAUGCAAUAUGAGUGGAAAGUCUACUUACAUUCGUACUUUAGCGCUGAUGACCGUCAUGUCACAAGUUGGGUGCUUCAUUCCAGCGGAGUACGCUUCAUUUCGCAUUGUGCAUGAGCUCUUUGCCCGUGUCUCCACGUCUGAUGACCUAGAGGCAAACGUGUCAACCUUUGCAGCGGAGAUGCGUGAGAUGUCGUUCAUCCUUCGAAAUCUCUCCCCUCGUAGCAUGGUCAUCGUCGACGAGCUCGGCCGUGGCACCAGUACCACCGACGGCCUGUGCAUUGCCAUUGCCAUUUCCGAAGCCUUAAUACAAAGUAACGCGCUUGUGUGGUUUGCGACCCAUUUCCAAGACCUAGCGACCAUUCUAGCCGAACGGAGCGGCGUCAUCAGUCUCCAUCUCGCUGCAGAGAUAUCGCCCGAUGCGUCGAAAAUGAGGAUGCUUUACAAGAUCGCUGAAGGUCCCAACACGAGCCAAUUCUACGGUCUGGCCCUCGCCAAACUGGUCGACCUAUCGCCAGUUGUGCAUCAGACUGCCCAGAGGGUGUCUGAACAGCUGAACGAGAUAUCCGACCGUCAACACGGACGAUCGAGGACAUUGGCCGUGGCUCGAAAGCGUAAUCUGUUGCUGUCCCUCCGAGAACAACUUCUUCAAGCCCGGAAUGGAAAUCUAAAAGGCGACACGCUGAAGAAAUGGCUCAAAAAAUUACAGGAUGAGUUUGCAUUACGUAUGGCUGCUGUCGAUGAAGAGCACGAUCUUCUGAUGGAGGAGAGCAGUAGUUUCGAUGAAGAAGAGGACGACGAUGAUAUUGACGAUAAUCAUCCUGAUAGCAGUCCACCUGGCUACUAUGAUGAUGAUGAAGAAUCUAGAAUGGGAGUCAUUGACUCAAGCCAGUCGAUUAUGUUGGGAAGCCCCUUCGAAUAUUCCGACGAUGGGCUCCCAUCCAACUCGGUCCAGGUAUUCAACGAUGAAUCGACGGACGAAAUGCUGACCUUUGGGACUUCGUCAUCAGACGGACAAGUCUUCGGUGUUGGGGUUUUGUCCGAUGUCUUUUCGUAG